AUGAAUCAAGCAGUGAAAAUUUCUGUGACUGAUACAAUGGGUGUCUGUUCUACACGAGAAGAUCACGAUGCAAUUGCUCAGCUUAUUGGAGAACAAAUUUUUGAAGAAACAUCACCUGGUCCACAUGCUAUCUUGAUUGUUUGUCGUAUAGACCGAUUUACAUCGCUUGACGAAGAAAUAAUUGAAUUAAUCCGAUCAAUGUUUGGUUCUAAUGCAGUCAGAUAUUGUAUAUUCAUUUUCACUCAUGAGGAUCAACUUGAGCCAGGUGAUACAAUUCAAAAAUGUGUAAAGAAAUCAAAUCGAGUACAUUCUUUGAUGCACCAAUAUCAGAAUCGUUAUCUGUCGAUUAACAACAAGAAUGUUACAGAAGAAAAAAUUAAAGAAUUAAUUGAAAUGAUCAAUAAAAUGGUCACAGAAAAUAAUGAUGAAUAUUACACGAAUGCUGAAUAUCAACGUAUCGAACUACUACGACAAUUCGAAAAAAAACAAAGAGUAUUUGAAGAGGAAGCUAAACAAUCGGAAAUGGAGCGACUUCGUCAAGAGAAAAAGAAUCUAGAACAAGAAUUAGCAAAUGAACGCUUGCGACAAAAAAACACCCAGCAUGAAGAUGUAUUAAAACAGCAAUCACAUUUAGAAGAAGAGCUGUAUGCAGGAGCAAAAAACGCAUUGUCGAGCCUUUUAGAUAUUGUAGUGCAUGCUGCAAAAAAAUGUGUGGAUGAUCAUUUCAAAGAAAAAAAACCGGCACGAACAUCUGCACCAGUCCUGUCGGCAUCUAGAUCACAACUAAUUCCAUCACCAGCCGUCAAAGAUCACCUUAAAAUAUCGUCUUCUGUUCCCACAGCAUCUGAUUCGACAUCAGAACAAAUUCAAAUAACUUCUGUACGAACAGCUACAUCUUCGGUCGCCAAGAAUUCUAUCCCUCAAUAUUCUGAUCAUAAAACUCAAUAUACUCCCCAAUCACC